AUGCAAUAUAACGUAGAGCAUCCCCAUAAUCAAGCAGAUGACGCUGAUAUGAAAGAAACAAAACAAUCAAAACAUCCAUUGGAAUUCUUAUUUGGAACGUGGUAUGGAGAAGGAAAUGGUAAAUUUGAAGGUAUUUGUGAUUUCGUUUAUAAUGAGGAAAUUACCAUCAACCCCGAUGAAGCUAAUAGAGGUUGGCUAUAUUAUAGGCAAAGAACGUGGAAUCCUAUGAAAAAUAAUUCAAACUUUCAUAGCGAAGUGGGAUAUAUUAGAACACCUGGAAUGAGUGAAAAGAUUGAAUUGGUUUUGGCUCAACCAACAGGAAUCGCUUCAAUUGAAGAAGGUAGAAUCGAUGGUACAACAGUCAUGUUAAAAUCAACUGAUAUUUCAAGAUCUACCACUGCCAAGCCUCCUCACGUUGCGGAGUAUAAUCGGACUUGGACAGUAGAUCCUACGAACGAGUCAAUGACGUGUGUAUUUAAUAUGUCAACUCAAAGUAAACAAAUGGCACGACAUCUUUACUCCACUUUAAGAAGAAUAGGAAGAAUGCCAAAAUAG